AUGUUCAACGAUUACGUCACAGACUGCACAUCAUCAUCCAUGUUGAUAUGUACUACUCAUCCAACCAGCGUCAUAUGCCCCAGUAUAACUGGUAUCCAAUGCCUCCGCAAACGUCCAUCAGCACCCUCAAGUUUCAACACCACCCUCCUCCUCCAGGUUCACAUAUACCCCAACAUCCUGGAAUGCCCAUGUCACCUCGAAAUCCGCCUCCUCCCUUACAGGGACCGGGAACUUCUACAUUAUAUCAUGCUAUUCUUCCUCCGCUCCAGUAUGAUUUCCGUAUGCUCACCUCCACCCCCUCCGUCAACGGCCUCCUUGCUUAGCACCCGGUUGAAUAUUAACCCAAGUGCAGUCAAGUUACAGAACUUGACACAAGAAAUACAACUCCUUCACCUGCUACCCCUGCUUUGCCUCCUCAAGGUUCUGUCAACCGCCCUCCGGAGUCUAGGCCUGGGUGAACGCACUUUCAAAAUUGAAGCUGCUGAAAUCACUCCUGUUGUGGAUCUCAACUUUGUCAAGCCCUUUGCGCCCAAUUUGAAAAAUCGUAUCUACACCAACCUGGACGUUUGCACAUCUCUUGUUGGUGAUGUUGAUGCCGUCGCCGCCUUUCUAGACAAGACUUUUCCUCGCCAUCAGAAACUGAGUUAUAGCUCAUUUUAUCGGCACCCGUUUCCUGCGGCAACGACCCAAUUACACGAGGAGGAUGAGAAGGAAUCGAGUCAUGAUCAUGACCAAGACAUCUCCUCGCAAUUCUCAAACCCUUCUCUCGACCGUUCCUCUCUUAAAGUUAUUAUGCACCACUGUUUGGAGAUCCAGGAAAUUCUUGCUGAGAUAUUUCAGUACAUCUCCAGCGAGCCGUGUAGCGAUCGAGUGCGAAGCCCUCCAGCUACGCUCGCUGGUCUUGCUAGAACCUGCACAACUUUUACUGACCCUGCCACGGAUGUCCUCUGGCACACGCAACCCGCAGACCUUUUCAAUCUUAUCAAUUGUCUUCCAUCACAUGCUGUGGAAGCUAUCAAGCGGGAUGUCAUCCGCCCUGAAGAUUUCAGCCGAGUUUUUUAUUACUCUGCCAAAAUCAAGGUUAUGUCGAACAGUCGAUACAAGUCCUACCACCCACGGCGAGCUAGCUUAGCACCGUCUGUGUCCCUUGCAGACGACGCCCUUGAUCAUAUUCGGAAAAUAAAUUCCGGAAAAGGACCACUUGUGCCAAAUGUCAGGGAGUUAGAGGUGUUGUUAAAUGAUUUCAAGGGAGAAGCUUCUUUACCCCACCUGGUCAUUGGAGGCGCCUUGAAAUCUAUGGAAGUCGUUUAUCGUGAUAACGAAAUCUCUCCAUCCAAGCCAGUUCCCCAGUUAGUUACGCUGGCGGAAGUCUUAGGGGCUGCCUCAUCACUGCCUACCACCCUGAAGUUGGAUAUGGAAAAUGAAUAUUUCGAACGACAUAUCCUUGAUAGCCCCCCCGCUAUCGUGGAGCUCCUCCCCCAUCUGACGAACGUCACUUUCCUGAAUAUAAACUCGCUAAAACUCUCUGAUGUUGGCGUCAAUUUUCUGUCUACUCUGCCAGCACUUGAAAAAUUGUCAAUCAACAUCACUGGUAUCAAUUUCUUUCAACUACCUGCCAUCCCACCCGACGUCGAGAGUGUCUUUCCAAGGCUCAAAUUCCUCGCCAUUGCCACCGAAUUACUCUCCUCUGUCUCCCAAUUUGUCACACGUUGGAAACCCAGCAGACUUGAACGUUUUGUGAUCGAGCGAACCUAUUGCUACGCCGCUCCGCAUGUUUGGGACCUUGAAGGAUUUUUCGAAGUCCUCGGCAAAAACUUGAAAAAUGGUCACCUCCUCAAGGAGUUGGCACUGUACAAUACCUCAUCCUUGCAGUGGUAUGAGCAUCUGGGCGAACAUACUUCUAUCAUCUCAGCAGACAUCUUUCGCUGCCUUUGUGCUAAAUUCCACAAUCUAAUUGAAUUAUCGAUCUCCCUCGACGCAAGCUACGACAUUGACGAUGCCAGCCUCAUGGAAAUAGCCAGAGGCUGGCCUGCCCUCCGGCACCUAUGUUUCGAGGAAUGCACUUUUGGAAUCGAAACCGCCAAAGUCACUCCGGCCGGGCUUAUCGCUUUCGUCGCUGCAUGUCCUCAACUUGAAGAAUUGACACUUCGAUUCAAGGCCACGAUUGAUUUCCCUACUCCGGAACAGACCGUACCUUCACCGACACUUCGUUGCUUGAACGCAUGUACCUCCCCCAUCGAUGAUGCCGAUGUUGUUGCUGCCUUUUUAGAGAAGUCUUUCCCUUCCCUCCAGUCGCUCAAGUGUGGGUGGUUCUAUCCGCACCCGCAUGAUGGAGAGCCGAUGCAACUCUAUGACGAUAAUCCUGAGGAGGGUACGACGGAGGGCUUUUAUAACAAAACAUGGGAAAACGUCUGGAAAAAGCUGUUCUAA